AUGACUACACAUCAGAUGAAAAAAAGUCAUAUAGUCUCUCAGCCUGAAGAAGCACCUCCCCCUGAGGAAUCAAGUGGCGAUAAGGAGACUACAACCAAGCAAAGUGACCAAGCACCCCUUCGUGAUGAACUACUUAACAGCACACACAAGUUCCUUGGAGUGGUCAAUACAACGAUACAACAGCUUCAAGCUCAAGAUGACAUUGCGCUGCAUAUUCCUGACAUAGACAUGGAGAAUGAUGUCAAUAACCUGAUGGUCAAUUCAGAGCUGGUAGACGAGUUGGAGCAGUGUGUAAUGAACUGGAAGACUCAGCUUGACACUGUCAUGGCGGAGCAAGAUGGCAAGAAGCCACAGACACCUAGUCCGAUGGCAGAAAUCAUUUUUUGGCAGGAGCGGUCCUCCAUCCUCAGUGCUUUGACAGCAAAGCUUAAUCAACCAUCGGUAAAGAAGAUUUUGCUUGUAUUGAGCAAAGCACAGGCAGGUAUUGUUCCUUCUAUGGAGGCUGCAGUGGCUAAACUGGUUAAAUACAAUUUGGAGGCAGAUGAAAACGUACGCUUCCUCAAGACACUGGAAAGGCAUUUCAAGAAUCUGGCUACCGGAGCACACUUUAGUGUGAUCCUGGAGACCAUCCCACCUCUGAUGAACAGUUUACAAGUUGUGUGGUUAAUUUCAUGCCACUAUAACAGGAAUGAUCGUAUGGUUCCUUUAAUGGAGCGCAUUGUUUGGCAACUGUCUGAGCGGGUGGCUCAAGUAGUUGAUCUCAGUGUGCUGUUCAAGGGUCAAAGAGAGAUGGCGAAAUCCAAGGUGGAUGAUGCGAAGCGUGUUCUAGAAUUGUGGAAGUCCACUUACUUUGAAGUCCGCCAGGAAAUUGAAAAAGGAGGCACUGGAAAACGCUGGGAGUUUGAUAAGAGAAAGCUGUUUGAGAAAAGUGAUUACAUGGCUGCCAUCUGCCUGGACUUGUCCAAUGUUUUGCAUAAUUUAGAAGAAUUUUACAACAUUUUCAGCCCAGAAUUAAAAAGUGUCACCUGGGACCCGAAACGUUUUGAUGAAAUACAGGUCAAAGUCGACAACCUCAUCCUGCCUUUUGAGGAAAUCAAUUUCGAUCCUUUCAGUAGUUGUAAGAUUAGCAGCUGGAAAAUCAUAAUGCAGAACUUUAACGGUACAGUUUGUGCCAUUGAGAGGGAGAUAAUUGCCUUUAUUGACCAGUCCUUCAAGACUCUGCGCUCUUCAACUGCUGCGUUUGAAAUGCUGGUUAAAUACAAUGACAUUCGCUCCAGACCGGCCAUCAAUAAUCAUUUGAUGAAAAAGACUAAUGAUGUUCUGGCACAGUAUUGCAAAGAGGUGGACAGUAUUAACGAAAUCUUUGAGGAAAAGAGAGACAAACCACAAAUCAAUAAGAACGAGCCUCCCUUAGCAGGAGGUGUUAGAUGGACGCAUUCACUUUUUCAGCGUAUAAAAGGUGGCAUGCUUCCUCUCCUGACAAUGCCAAAUUUGUUGGAAUCUGAAAUGGGCAAAUUGGCGAGGAACAAAUACUUGGAAAUGGCAAAAAAAAUAAGCGACUACGGCGUUAAGAAGUAUAAGUCAUGGGUCACUGAGACUGAACGCAACUUGCCAUUGUUAUUGAAAAAACCUGUCUUAGUCAUAAUUUCGAAGGAAAGCCAACGCGAGCUGGUAUCCAAGCCUGAUAUCAAGGGACAAAAGGAUAGGCGAUACCGUGUAAACUUUCCACCAGAGAUUUUCACGACGAUCGCUGAAACAAAAAACUUGGUUUCAAUGUCUUUCUCCAUGCCCGAGGUGGCUCGAAACGUGUGUCUACAGGAGGCCAACUUUAUAAGGUACAGUGAAGAUCUUCAUAAACUUGUCAACCGCUACAACUCUACAGUUGAUAGUCUGGGUGACGCAAAGAUCGCCAUGUUGUCUCAGAACAUCAAAAGGGUUGAAACGAUCCUAUUUCCGGCAUGUAAAAGACUGAACUGGAAUUCCUUGGCAAUUACAGAUUUCAUCAAUAAUGGAAACCCGGAGCUCUCAAAAUUCGAGACUGUUGUCAGUCAAAUUGUGAACAACGAGCUUGAUAUUGAAUUAAAGUUGCAAUCCAUCAUGACGGCAGAUCUCCUGAAAUGCCCUGCUCCGAGUCGGGCAGAAAUGUUACCAAGUAUCAGAGAGUUUUAUGAAUGCAUUGAUCGAGAACGUAUCAAGUCAAUCAAUUUGUUGAGAAGCAAAUAUGCUGACAUUGGACCAGUCAUAUCUAAGGUGGAACACUUGAUCAUGGAAACGAACACCGGCAAGUGCCAUAGUAUGUCAAAUUACUAUGCAUACUGGGAAGGCAAGGUGCAUGACGCUCUUAUUAACAUGGUGCUCAGGAACAUUAAAGCCUUCGAUGCUGUACUGGAUGGGAACGUCCCUCUUUUCCGUGUUGAUGCCAUCCUUUCUCCCCCCAAAAUUAUGUUGCAGCCCAAAACAAAUGAGAUCUCCCGAACACUUGUGCAAUGUAUCAAAGAGUGUGUCGAAAGCACUAAAGAAUUUGUGCGUUGGAUGAGUGGAAGCUGCAUUGAGUGCCCUCCACAACACGUGGGUGGAGAUGACAUGGUGACUUUUAGCUUCUUUGAGGACAUUUGUCAGCAUCCUCAAAUUAACGAAACCGCCCUCACCGUAUCGCAAAAUAUUCAACAGUUAAUGCUUUCCGUAGAACAGUACCUUACCCACUGGAAACAAUACCAGCCCCUGUGGGAAAAGGAUAAUGCCACAAUCUGUGAAAAGUUUGCAGAUAAAAACCCAUCAUGUGCCAUGUAUGAUCAAAGGCUGCUAUUCUAUGCUCAAAUAAAUCAGAAGGUGGUACUGGAAUCUCUUUAUAAGAAUAUACACGUUGUUCAACUGAACCUGGAGCCCCUGUGCCGCACGGUGCAGGAGACUGCAGAGACCUGGAUCUGUUCACUUGGGAGUUUGCUCAACAAAUCAGCCAAAGAAGAACUUUUCAACUUAAAAGAGGAACUCAUGGAACUCUCAGAGAAGCUUAAACAGACUCCUGACACCUUUGAGAACUUGAAGAAUGUCCUUGGCACUAUCUCAGACAUUAGGGACAUGUCUUUGAAUGUGAAAUUGAGUAUAAUGGAUAUUCAGGAAAGAUACAGAACACUGGCUAUGUACAAAGUGGAGGUGGCAGAGGAGGAAAAGGAACUCAUGGAAAAUAUUGACCAGAUUUGGGAUGACCUCUUCACUGAAUCCAAACGAGUGGAUCGGAGUCUAACAAAUGUCAAAGUGACAUUUAAACAGACUACCAGGGAGAUGACUGAAGAGUUUCAGCAGCAUUUGUCCGUCUUUGUUGAAAACUUUAAUACGGAUGGCCCCGGAGCUGUCGGAGAGGAUUUAGAUGAAGGCUUAUCAAAAAUGGAGCAAUAUGAAGCUGAGCUUGCCAAGGCAGUGGAGGGUCGCCAGGACCUAGCUAAUGCCGAGAAGCUGUUGGACCUACCCAUCACUGUUUAUCCGGAGAUUAUCAGCAUACAAAAAGACAUGAAUGGCUUCAGGCUCAUAUAUGUCAUCUAUCAAGAACAAAAGGCUGCAAAGAAUAAGUGGUCUACGACGUUGUGGGCAGAUUUAAAUAUUCAAUUGCUCCAGGAGGGAGUUGAAGGAUUUAUCAAAGAUUUGAAAAAGUUGCCCAAAGAUGUGCGAUCACUACCAAUGGCCAUCAUCCUAGAGGGCAGGCUGAAGCAAUUCAGAGAUUCACUUCCUCUUCUGUUAGAUCUAAAGAAUGAAGCUCUGAGAGAAAGACACUGGAAGGAAUUAAUGGAUCGGACCGGUACGAGCUUUGAGAUGAACCCUAGCACUUUCACUCUUGAGAACAUGUUUGCAAUGGAGCUCCACAAAUACGCUGACGUCAUUGGUGAAAUUGUUACUUCAGCUUCAAAAGAGCUUGGAAUAGAAAAGGGAGUUAAGGAGGUGGUAGAAACCUGGGGAAACAUGAAUUUCAUUAUAAUACCUUAUAGUAAAGGUGCCCAUCAACAGUGUUGGGUCUUGGGUGCAGUGGAUGAAAUCAUGUUGAUUGUGGACAAUGAUGCCAUGAAUUUGCAGAGCAUGGCUGGGAGUCGUUUUGUUGGACCCUUCCUAACCACCAUACAACAAUGGGAGAAAGAUCUGUCUCUUGUCAGUGAGACAAUAGAGGUUUGGUUGCAGGUACAACGGAAAUGGAUGUACUUGGAGAGCAUAUUCAUUGGUGGAGAUAUCUCUUCACAGUUACCAGAGGAAGCCAAAAAAUUUGACAUCAUUGACAAAAAAUUUAAAGACAUAAUGAACGAUGCACAGGCCAAUCCAAACAUUAAGCGUUGUUGCGUGAUUCCUAACCGGCUAAUGGACCUGCAGACCCUCAGUGAGAACCUCGAGAGGUGCCAGAAGAGUCUAAACGAUUACUUAGAUUCUAAGCGAGACGCAUUCCCUCGCUUUUUCUUCAUCUCUGACGAUGAGCUGCUCAGCAUUCUGGGGAGUAGUCACCACGAGUGUGUGCAGGAACAUAUGAUAAAGAUGUACGAUAACAUCGCUUCACUGCGAUUCGAUUCGGAGAGCAGUGGGGAAACAUCAGCAGGUGCCAUGGUUUCCGCUGAGGGUGAAGUGAUGGAGUUUCAAAAGGCUGUUCCGAUUAAAGGAAGGGUAGAAGAAUGGAUGACAGUAGUCCUACAUGAGAUGCGGAGAACUAAUCGAUUAAUCACCAAGGAAGCCAUCUUUCGCUACUGUGAAGAUAGAGGCAGGGUGGACUGGAUGUUGCUGUUCCAGGGCAUGGUGGUCCUGGCUACAAAUCAAGUCUGGUGGACAUGGGAGGUGGAGGAUGUCUUUAAUAACUUGAAACUAGGACAAAAAUAUGCUCUUAAGAACUAUGCCACAAAAAUGCACCAGCAGAUUGAUGAGUUGGUAACACGUACAAUGCAACCUUUGAAGAAAAAUGACAGACGAAAGAUCAACACUGUUCUGAUCAUCGAUGUCCAUGCAAGAGACAUCGUAGACAGCUUUGUCCUAAACAGUAUAACAGAUGCUGAGGAGUUUGAGUGGGAAAGCCAAUUAAGAUUCUACUGGGUUGCGGACGAAGACAAUCUUGUCGUGCGUCAAUGCAGUGCAACUUUUAGUUAUGGCUAUGAAUACAUGGGGUUGAACGGUCGAUUAGUUAUAACCCCGCUGACGGACAGGAUCUACCUCACAAUCACACAGGCUCUCUCCAUGUUCCUGGGUGGUGCGCCUGCUGGCCCAGCUGGUACUGGAAAGACGGAGUCCACCAAAGAUUUGGCUAAAGCUUUGGGCUUACUCUGUGUGGUCACUAACUGUGGUGAAGGCAUGGACUACAUGGCUGUGGGAAAGAUCCUCUCAGGCCUGGCCCAAUGUGGAGCCUGGGGUUGCUUUGAUGAAUUUAACCGUAUUGAUGCCUCAGUCCUUUCAGUUAUCUCGUCACAAAUCCAAACCAUCCGCAAUGCUCUCAUUCUUUACCUUAAAGUAUUUAAUUUCGAAGGCCACGAGAUAACUCUGGAUAGCCGAAUCGGAAUCUUCAUUACCAUGAACCCGGGCUACGCAGGACGCACGGAGCUGCCCGAGUCAGUCAAAGCUCUCUUCAGGCCCGUUGUUGUGAUUGUGCCUGACUUGCAACAAAUUUGCGAGAUUAUGCUCUUUUCUGAGGGAUUCCUAAUGGCCAAGGUCCUUGCGAAAAAGAUGACUGUGCUUUAUAAAUUGGCUCGAGAGCAGUUGUCCAAGCAGUCUCAUUAUGACUUUGGCCUGCGAGCUUUGAAAUCUGUCUUAGUGAUGGCAGGAGAACUGAAGAGAGGCUCACCAGACAUUACAGAGGAUGUGGUAUUGAUGCGAGCCCUGAGGGAUAUGAAUCUGCCAAAAUUUAUUUUUGAAGACGUUCCUCUGUUCCUCGGCCUGAUCUCGGACCUUUUUCCAGGGCUGGAAUGCCCUCGCGUUCGCUAUCCCAACUUCAACGAUGCUGUCGAGGGCAACCUGGAAGACAACAAAUAUAUCUUGCUGCCCAUCCAGGUGGAUAAAGUGGUGCAGAUGUAUGAAACAAUGAUGACACGACACACAACUAUGAUAGUGGGUCCAACAGGCGGAGGCAAAUCGGUUGUAAUCAGCACUUUAUGUCAAGCUCAGACAAAAUUGGGAUUUCACACCAAAUUAUAUCCCCUGAACCCCAAAGCUGUGAGUGUCAUUGAACUAUAUGGUAUCCUGGAUCCUGACACUAGAGACUGGACGGAUGGGGUCUUAUCCAACAUCUUCCGUGACAUCAAUAAGCCUACUGACAAACAAGAAAGGCGAUAUAUCCUGUUUGAUGGGGAUGUAGAUGCUCUGUGGGUUGAGAACAUGAAUUCUGUAAUGGAUGACAAUAAGCUCCUCACUCUAGCUAAUGGAGAACGAAUUCGUCUCCAAGGUCACUGUGCCCUGCUUUUUGAGGUUGGAGACCUCCAAUAUGCUUCCCCUGCCACUGUCUCCCGCUGUGGAAUGGUUUACGUUGACCCCAAAAACUUGAGAUACUCCCCGUACUGGAAGAAGUGGUUGACUGACAGACCUGCCAAAGAACAAGAACAACUUGAUGGAUUAUUUGAAAAGUAUGUACACAGCUUGAUUGAUAUGAUUGUGGAAGGUAUUGUUGAUGGGAAACAAGGACAGAAACUGAAGACCGUCGUCCCUCAGACUGACCUAAAUAUGGUGUCCCAACUCUGCAUGACUCUUGAUGCUCUACUUGAAAAUGAGAACUCAGAUCCUUCAGUCUUGGAGUGUUACUUCUUAGAAGCUUUGUACUGCUCUCUGGGGGCAACGUUGGUGGAUGAUGGAAGAGAGAAAUUUGAUGAUUUAGUCAAAAAACUUUCUGAAUUAAGGACUGUGAAUGAUGACAAAAAGCUGGCAGGACCCGGUGAAAUUCCAGGAAACCUUCCGACACUAUAUGAUUUCCAUUUUCAUGAAACCAAGCAGAAGUGGGUUCCCUGGACGUCCCUGGUCACUAAAUACGUCCACAAUCCUGAAAUGAAGUUUGUUGAUAUUCUGGUCCCCACUGUGGACACCACGAGAACCAGCUGGCUAUUGGAACAGAUGGUGAAGAUAAAAAGAUCGGUGCUUUUGGUUGGAGACUCUGGAACCUCCAAAACUGCGACCAUUAGUAACUUUCUAAAACACUUAAGUGGGGAUUCAAAUAUUACUUUGACCAUCAACCUUUCAUCCAGGACAACGUCAAUGGAUCUCCAGAGAAACCUGGAGGCCAAUGUAGAGAAACGGACUAAGGAGAUAUACGGUCCUCCAAUGGGCAAGAGACUGUUGGUGUAUAUAGAUGACAUGAAUAUGCCAAAGGUGGAUAGCUAUGGCACACAGCAGCCUAUCGCACUGCUGAAGCUGUUAUUGGACAGGGGGGGCAUUUACGACCGAGGGAAGGAGCUCACCUACAAAACCCUCAAGGACCUCGGCUUCAUUGCUGCCAUGGGGAAGGCAGGAGGCGGCAGGAACGAGGUGGAUACCCGUUUCGUUUCACUCUUCAGUGUCUUCAGCAUCCCGUUCCCUGAAGUAGAGUCUCUUCACCUGAUCUAUUCCUCAAUUCUCAAAGGCCACACCAAAAAUUUUGAGGAUGUGGUACAGAAGCUUUGUGAUAAAGUCACCUUCGCCACACUGGAACUGUACAACAGCCUUGUCAAAGACCUGCCACCUACUCCGGCAAAGUUCCACUACAUCUUUAACCUGCGAGAUCUAUCGAGGGUCUACAAUGGACUGACACUCACUACGCCACAAAAAUUUGCGACAGCCAGUAUAUUUGUUCGGGUUUGGCGAAACGAGUGCUUGAGAAUUUUGCACGAUCGUCUCAUUGAUGAAAAAGACAAAGCCUAUGUUCAAGGCAUUAUAAAGAACCUAGUUGAAGAAAAUUUCAAGGCAAACAUGGAUGAUGUUAUGAAAGACCCUGUUCUUUUUGGAGAUUACAAAAAUGCCCUGAGUGAGACAGAACCGAGAUUAUACGAGGAUUUAAAUGACUUUGAGGUUUCAAAAAACCUGUUUCAGGAGCUACUAGAGGAAUACAAUGAUAGAAUGUCGAGGAUGAACCUGGUACUUUUUGAUGAUGCUCUGGAACAUCUGACUCGUGUGCACCGCAUCAUCCGCAUUGAUCGUGGACAUGCUCUGCUUGUGGGUGUUGGAGGCUCAGGCAAGCAGUCCAUCACCAAGCUUGCUUCCUUCACGGCUGAUUGUCAGAUUUUUGAAAUAACACUCAGCAGAGGAUAUUGCGAGUCAACCUUUCGUGAUGACUUGAAAACAUUGUAUCUGAAGCUUGGCAUUGAAAAUACGAGGACCGUUUUUCUCUUCACUGACGCUCACGUUGCGGAGGAAGGUUUUUUGGAACUCAUCAACAACAUGCUUACAUCAGGUAUUGUUCCCGCCUUGUUUCCGGAUGAUGAGAAAGAAGCAGUUCUCAACCAGCUUCGUGAAGAGGCUCUCCAAAAUGGAUCGGGUCCUUCUAAAGACAGCGUUUGGCAGUAUUUUGUCAAUAAGAGUGCCAGCAAUCUGCACAUCGUUUUAGGCAUGUCUCCCGUAGGGGAUACCCUGAGAACACGCUGUAGAAACUUUCCAGGACUGAUGAACAAUACUGUCAUUGAUUGGUUCUUGCCAUGGCCUCCACAGGCUCUACUUGCUGUAGCUGAGUCUUUCCUCGGUGAAAGUGAGAUGAUCCCGAAGGAACACGCUCCAGCUGUUAUUGAGCAUGUCUGCAUGGUCCAUAAAUCUGUUGGAGAAUACAGCAUACUGUUCCUGCAAAAACUUCGACGUGCCAAUUUUGUUACCCCAAAGAACUACUUGGAUUUCAUAAGCACAUAUUCAGUCCUCCUACGAGACAAGGACCAAUAUAUUCUGGGGCAAUGCAAACACCUCGAGGGAGGAUUGGAUAAAUUGAAGGAAGCCACUAUACAACUAGACGAACUUAACAUCAAACUGGCAGAGCAGAAGGUGGUCCUUGCAGAAAAGUCCACAGCCUGUGAGACCAUGCUGCUGGAGAUUGCUUCCAACACCACUGUGGCUGAGGAGAAAAAGACAUUGGCAGAAGACAAAGCUACAGAAAUUGAAGAGCAAAACAAGGUGAUUGCGGUUGAAAAGGCCGAAGCAGAAACUUCCCUUGCUGAAGCUCUGCCAGCAUUAGAAGCAGCUCGCAUUGCUUUACAAGACCUGGAUAAAUCUGAUGUCACAGAGAUCAGAUCCUUUGCAAAGCCGCCCAAGCAGGUGCAAGUGGUGUGUGAGUGUAUUCUGGUACUGUGUAAGAAAAAAGAAAUUAGCUGGCAGGCGGCUAAAGCGAUGAUGUCAGAUCCUGGCUUUCUGCGUUCGCUGAUGGAGAUGGACUGUGAUGCCAUAGGUCCCAAUCAGGUCAAGACUGUCAAAGGCUUCCUGAAAGCCCUUGGGACCAGCCUUGAGGAAAUGCAAUCCAUCAGCAAAGCAGGUUCAGGAAUGUUCAAAUUUGUGGAGGCUGUCGUUGGUUACUGUGAAGUUGCCAGGGAGAUUAAGCCUAAAAGGGACAAAGUAGCGCGACUCGAAAGAAACUUCUUUCAGAGUAAGAAGGAGCUGGAAUGCAUUCAAAGUGAGCUUAGUGAUAUCCAGAGGGAGCUGAAAGCUCUUGGCGACAAAUAUCAAACUGCUAUAGCGGAGAAACAGACACUACAAGAGGAGGCAGAGCUCAUGGAAAGAAGACUAAUAGCUGCUGACAAACUUAUCUCAGGUUUGAGCUCUGAGAAUGUGAGGUGGACACAGGACUUAGAGGGGUUAAAGCAGAGGCGUGUGCGUCUUUUGGGAGACUGUCUACUCUCUGCUGCCUUCCUGAGCUACGAAGGAGCUUUCAGCUGGGAAUUCAGGAAUGAGAUGGUAUACCAAACAUGGGUUGAAGACGUAAAGGAGAGAGGCAUUCCCUUGAGCGAGCCUUUUAAAGUGGACAACUUACUAACGGAUGAGGUGGAAAUCAGCAGAUGGGGCUCAGAAGGAUUACCCCCAGAUGAACUUUCAGUGCAAAAUGGAAUCCUCACAACAAGAGGCAGUCGUUUCCCAAUGUGUAUCGAUCCCCAACAACAAGCCCUCAACUGGAUUAAGAAGAAGGAGGCAAGCAACAACCUCAAGGUCUCAUCUUUUAACGACCCAGACUUCCUGAAACAGCUCGAAAUGGCCAUUAAAUACGGAUUCCCAUUCCUUUUCCAAGAUGUGGAUGAGUACAUUGACCCUGUGAUUGAUAAUGUUCUGGAGAAGAAUUUGAAAGGAGCUGAGGGCAGGCAGGUUCUCAUGCUCGGUGACAAAGAGGUGGACUAUGAUCCUAACUUCAGACUUUACCUCAACACCAAACUCGGAAACCCUAAAUUUUCUCCAUCUGUGUUUGGAAAAGCCAUGGUUAUUAAUUAUACUGUGACGCUUAAAGGUCUGGAGGACCAAUUGCUCAGUGUUAUAAUGGGCUUUGAGAAGAAGGAGCUAGAAGAGCAGCGUGAGUUUUUGAUCCAGGAGACAAGCGACAAUAAGAAGCUGCUAAAAAACCUUGGUGACACUCUGUUGAGAGAGCUGGCCACGUCCACCGGCAACAUGUUGGAUAACACAGAGCUGGUCUACACAUUAGAGGAAACCAAGUCCAAAUCUAGUGAGGUAUUUGAGAAACUUAAGUUGGCUGUCACAACAUCAGUGGACAUUGAUGUGCUCCGAAACGGGUAUCGACCUGCUGCCAAGCGCGGUGCCAUUUUGUUUUUUGCGCUGACGGAAAUGGCUUUGGUCAACAGCAUGUACCAGUAUUCUCUUGCCUCUUAUUUGGAAGUGUUUGACUUUUCCUUGCGCAAGUCUCUACCAAAUGCAAUUCUGACAAAAAGACUGACAAACAUCAGGAAUGGUCUGACGUACAAUGUUUAUAAUUAUGGUUGCACAGGGCUGUUCGAAAAACAUAAACUUCUCUUCUCGUUUAACAUGACCAUCAAGAUUGAGCAAGCAGAAGAUCGAGUACCGCAGGAGGAAUUGGAGUUUUUCAUUAAAGGUAAUUUGUCUCUGGAAAAGAGCGCACGCAAAAAGACUUGCAACUGGCUGCCUGAUGCUGGCUGGGAAGAUGUUGUGAAACUGUCCGAGCUUUUUCCUGGGCAGUUUGACUCUUUGCCUGAUGAUGUUAGCAGGAAUUCAGCAGAGUGGCAGUCAUGGUAUGACCUUGAUGCACCAGAGCAGGCACAGCUGCCAAUGAGAUAUGAUGAUAAGCUGACAGACUUUCAGAAACUUCUCCUGCUGCGAUGUUUCCGCGUUGACCGAGUCUACAGAGCCAUCACUGAUUAUGUCACAAUCACCAUGGGCGAGAGAUAUGUACAACCUCCUGUGAUCAGUUUUGAUGUUAUUUAUGAGCAAAGCACUCAGUACUCCCCCAUUGUCUUCAUCCUGAGUCCUGGCUCUGACCCUGGCGCUGACCUUAUGAAACUGGCAGACAGGAAUGGCUUUGGGAGCAAGUUCAAAUUCCUUGCUAUGGGUCAAGGCCAGGAGAAGGUUGCAUUGCACCUUCUGGAACUGGCAGCAGCUCGAGGUCAGUGGUUGAUGCUUCAGAACUGCCACCUGCUGGUGAAAUGGCUGAAAGAUUUGGAGAAGUGCAUCGAAAGGGUCACCAAACCUCACCCCAGUUUUCGUCUUUGGUUGACAACCAACCCUAUCGAUGACUUUCCUAUUGGCAUUCUUCAGAAGUCUCUUAAGGUUGUUACUGAGGCUCCGAAUGGCCUCAAACUCAACAUGAGAGCUACCUACUCUAAAAUCUCCCAUGAAACCAUGACUGGAUGCCCACACUCUGCCUUCCGCAGCCUGGUCUAUGUGCUGUCUUUCUUCCACGCUGUAGUGCAGGAGAGGCGCAAAUAUGGUAAGAUUGGCUGGAAUGUCCCCUAUGACUUCAGCGAGUCAGACUUCCUGGUGUGUUUGGAGAUCUUGAACACCUACCUGACAAAAGCUCAUAAACAAAAAGAUAGCAACAUCCCAUGGGGAAGUAUCAAGUACCUUAUCGGCGAGGUCAUGUAUGGAGGACGAGUCAUUGACAGUUUUGACCGCAGGAUACUCAAUGUCUACAUGGAUGAGUACUUCGGAGACUUCCUCUUUUAUGACUUUUGUCGGUUUCACUUCUUCAAAAACAAUGAUGUAGACUACAAGGUUCCACCAAAUGGACCUAAGACAGUUUAUAUUGAUGAGAUUGAGUCUCUGCCUUUGGCAAAUACCCCGGAGGUGAUGGGUCUUCAUUCGAAUGCAGAGAUAGGAUACUACACACAAGCAGCUAAAGACAUGUGGUUGCAUCUAAUAGACCUGCAACCCCAGACAGGUGAGUCUGGUGGAAGCAUCAGCAGGGAUGAAUAUAUAACUCAGGUCGCCCAGGACAUUCAGAACAAGUUGCCUGCAAUAUUUGACCUGGAUGUUAUCCGCAAGCAAUUUGGCACUGAGAUAUCCCCAACAUCAGUGGUGCUCCUUCAAGAACUAGAGCGCUUCAACAAGCUGGUGGUCCGCAUGAAGCGGUCUCUGGCUGAGCUGCAGAGGGCCUUGGCUGGUGAGGUGGGCAUGAGCAGUGAGUUGGAUGAAGUUGCCCGGGCCCUGUUUAAUGGUCAGAUCCCUUCUAUUUGGAAGAUGUUGGCACCUGACACACUGAAGUCCCUGGGCAACUGGAUGAUCCAUUUCAAAAGGCGAUUUGACCAAUAUAAAUCAUGGGUUGAUUCAGCAGAGCCAAAGGUCAUGUGGUUAUCAGGACUCCACAUCCCAGAAUCGUACCUGACUGCCCUAGUCCAAGCUGCAUGCAGAAAAAAUGGUUGGCCUCUGGAUCUUUCUACGCUUUACACUGAGGUGACCCGCUUCCGUGAAGAGGAACAAGUCAAUGAAAGACCUUCGCAGGGCUGUUUUGUCUGUGGUUUAUACCUGGAGGGAGCCGAUUGGGAUAUGGAGGAUGGCUGCUUGGUCAAGAGUAAACCAAAGGUUUUGGAAGUUCAGCUGCCCAUUCUCAGAGUCAUCCCCAUUGAGGCCCGACGGCUCAGGUUACAGAAAACGUUGCGGACCCCGGUGUACACCACAUCGUUACGGAGGAAUGCAAUGGGUGUAGGUUUGGUUUUUGAGGCUGAUCUCUUUACCACGGAGCACCUCUCUCACUGGGUGCUUCAGGGUGUCUGUUUAUCCCUCAAUACUGACUAA